GCUGAGAGGGGUAACUUUGAAGCUGCUGUGAAGCUGGGGAUAGCGUACCUGUACAAUGAAGGCUUGUCCAUCUCCGACGAGGGCCGUGCAGAAGUGAAUGGAUUAAAGGCAUCGCAUUUCUUCAGCCUGGCAGAGCGUUUGAAUGUGUGUGCAGACCCAUUUAUCUGGCUUUUUAUCCGACCUCCCUGGUCCUUGAGUGGAAGCUGUUGCAAAGCUGUGGUCUAUGAGAGUCUCAAAGCAGAGUGUCAGUUGGAGAAAGCUCAAAAAGGAUCUAUUCUCCACUGCUUGGCUAAGGUGUUGAGUCUCUUUGAGGAUGAAGAAAAAAGAAGAGAAUCCCUUGAAAUGUUUGAAGAAUCUUCAAAGCAGGGUUGUUUAAACAGCUCCUACCUCCUUUGGGAAAGUAACAGAAAGGCUGCUAUGUCAGAUCCUGGCAGAUACCUCCAAAGUCUCAGGAAGCUCCGAGACUAUGCAGCAAAGGGCUGCUGGGAAGCACAGAUAGCUUUAGCCAAAGUUUGUGGGAAUGGAAACCAACUAGGAUUAGAAGCAAAAUCGUCCAGUGAAAUAGUGUCUCAAAUCUUUCAAGCUUCCCUUCCUAUCAGCAAGCAAAGUAUCUUCACUGUGCAGAAAGGAAUGAAUGAAACAAUGAGGUACAUCCUGAUUGACUGGCUGGUGGAAGUGGCUACCAUGAAAGACUUUUCUAGCCUAUGCCUUCACAUGACAGUGGGAUGUGUGGAUCGUUAUUUGAAGCUGAGACCUGUACCUCGGGCUCGACUCCAGCUUUUGGGAAUAGCCUGCAUGGUCAUUUGCACACGUUUCAUCAGCAAAGAGAUCCUGACAAUACGGGAAGCUGUGUGGCUGACAGAUAACACAUACAAAUAUGAAGACUUGGUCAGAAUGAUGGGUGACAUCAUUUCUGCUCUAGAAGGAAAGAUAAGGAUACCUACCAUUGUGGACUACAAAGAAGUAUUGUCGAAUGUAGUCUUGCUGGAGAGAAGAACUCUUCAUCUUUACAGCUUCAUUUGUGAACUGUCACUCUUAAACACCAGCCUUUGUGUGUAUUCCCCAGCUCGGCUGGCUGCUGCAGCACUGUUGCUGGCUAAGAUACUGCACAGACAAGCACACCCCUGGACCAGCCAGCUGUCUGAGUGUACCGGUUUCUCUCUUGAAGACCUGUUGCCCUGUGUGCUAAGCCUCUACCAAAAGUGUUUCCAUGACGAUGUCCCAAAGGAUUAUAGGCAAGUGUCCUUAACUGCAGUGAAACAACGAUUUGAAGAUGAGCGUUAUGAAGAAAUAGGCAAAGAAAAGAUGAUGAGUUACAGCCAGCUCUGUUCAUUGUUGGGUGUGAAACAGGAGGACCCGGAGCCCAGUCCCUUGCACACAAAUGUGGUGGAAAUUCAGACUUUCCUUAGCUCUCCCUGUGGAAAGAGAACUAAAAGGAGGAGGGAAGACAGCAUUCAGGAUGACAGAGGCAGCUUUGUGACUACACCCACAGCAGAGCUAUCCACCCAGGAAGAGAGUCUUCUAGAUAACUUCCUCGACUGGAGUUUAGAUUCCUGCUCUGGUUAUGAAGGUGACCAGGAAAGUGAAGGCGAGAAAGAUGGAGAUGUGACGGGUCCCAGUGGGAUCUUGGAUGUGACAGUGGUCUAUAUGGAUCCUGCAGACCACUGCUGUCAGGACUCCAGUGAUGAAGACAACUUAGCUGUGGAGUGGGCCGGGCACGCAGCACCACUGCGGGAGGCUAAGCUGCUGGAUGACAAUCGCAGCCUUUCAGCAUAUCUCACCCCAAGAAAUCCUAACCUGGAAGGGAGCUCAGGCUACUCUUCUGUCAACAGUGCCAGUCCUACAUCUUCUGUAGAAGGCAGCCUUGGUGUACCUCUCAAACCUACCUCAGCAGCAUCUCUUGGCAGUGCCAUGAGCAAGGAGCCGUGCCUGCCUCGCUACCUGGAAUCGUGUUUACAGUCAGUCUGUGCCAGGCCCAGUGAUGGCAAGCGUGACAGAAGGCAAGUCAAGCGAAAAAAUGUGGCAGAACACAGUGAAGAAAGGUUGAACUUGGGCUUCUUAAGCCUCUGA